UAUUGCUUGAAACCACUAACAUAUAUUACAAUUCAAUUUUGUAUUUUUUUAAAUUAACGAAAAGAGAGUGUUAAUCAUAUUUAAUAUGUUUGUGUUUUAACUGUCAAUGUGGCGCACAAAAGGGGGUGUUGUUCUGUCAGAUUUGUUUGAUCAAUCAGUUGUCUAUUUUAGUUAUUGCAAUACAUUUGUAUAUUGAUUAUUCAGUUUUCUUAAAUUUUCAAAAUGUUUACAAAGAAAAAGAAGAAGCCUCAAAUAUCACCACCUUGUAAUUUCGAGCACCGAGUUCAUACAGGGUUUGAUAAAAAUGCUGGGCGAUACGUCGGUUUACCACUACAAUGGGCUUCUAUAGUCGGCAAUAACCAAAUUUUAAAGUCUACUAAUCGACCUUUACCUUUAGUGGACCCCUCGGAAAUUACGCCUACUGAAAUUCUGGACCUAAAAACAAUUGUAAGAGGAGAUCACAAAAUGGGAAGUGAUCACAAAAUUGCUCAAAUACCAAAUCAAGUACCACAUAAAAAUGGCUUAAUUUUACCUAAGACUUCUAAUGUUGCUCGAUCAAAUUCACUUAGAAGUUCUAGUCCACCAAGACUUCGUAGAGAUAACUACCGCGCAAAUGUGCCCCCUUCAGUACCUGAAGAACAAAAUGUUCCUCAUUAUCCUACAGUGAGAAGGGACCAUUUGCAAAAGCCCACUUCUAUUAACCAGGACAUGCACAGACAUGACAUUAAUCAGACAAUGUAUCAAAACCAAGGGUCAAAUGGAAAUAAUAUGGUUUCGCCUGAUUAUAACUUGCAAUACCGUCAACAGCAACUGCAUCCUUCUCCUGUAGGUUCAAUGAGCAGCAUAGCACAGCGACCGCAUGCACAACCUCAAAAUGCAGGAUACCACCAUGGAGUACAAAAUCAUCAAAUCCAAAUGAGAAAUGCAGAUCAGAAUCAAAAUCUUCAUAAUAAGAUGAAUUCAAGAGCAUCUAGUUCAAGUGGUGGUAAUAUUUCAAUGUCACAGGCAUCUGUUGGUGGAACCAGUGCCAUAAAUAAUACCGUGGCUGCAGCAGGGCCAGGAAAACAAGAUCAGAGAUUGACACAUGAACAGUUUCGUGCUGCUUUGCAAAUGGUUGUAUCUGCUGGAGAUCCUCGUGAAGAUUUGGAUCAAUUUGUUAAAAUUGGUGAAGGCUCAACGGGUACGGUUUGCAUUGCAUCAGAUAGAAGAACUGGGCGACAAGUAGCUGUAAAGAAAAUGGAUUUGCGCAAGCAACAGCGCAGGGAACUACUUUUUAAUGAAGUUGUGAUUAUGAGAGAUUAUCAUCACCCAAAUAUAGUGGAGAUGUACAACAGUUUCCUAGUACAGGAUGAACUCUGGGUAGUCAUGGAAUAUCUUGAGGGUGGUGCUCUUACUGAUAUUGUGACCCAUGCACGAAUGGAUGAAGAGCAGAUUGCAACAGUGUGCAAACAAUGCUUAAAGGCAUUAUCAUAUUUGCACUCUCAGGGUGUUAUUCAUCGAGAUAUUAAAUCAGAUUCCAUUCUAUUAGCAGCUGAUGGUCGUGUUAAACUCUCUGAUUUUGGUUUUUGUGCACAAGUCAGUCAGGAGUUGCCAAAGAGAAAAUCUCUUGUUGGUACUCCUUAUUGGAUGUCUCCGGAAGUUAUUAGCAGGUUACCUUAUGGCCCUGAAGUCGAUGUCUGGAGUCUUGGGAUCAUGGUUAUAGAAAUGGUUGAUGGAGAACCGCCCUUCUUUAAUGAACCUCCUCUGCAAGCUAUGAGAAGAAUAAGAGAUAUGCCUCCGCCAAAAUUGAAAAACUCACACAAAGUUUCUCCAAGAUUACAAGGCUUUUUAGACAGGAUGCUGGUAAGGGAUCCUGGACAAAGAGCUACAGCAGCAGAACUGCUGCAGCAUCCAUUUUUAAGGCAAGCAGGUACGCCAGCAUUAUUGGUUCCUCUUAUGAGAGGAGCACGACAUAGUAAUUUUUGAACUUAAUUUCAGCAAAUAUUGCUGUUAUGAUUUUAUUUAUGUGUACACAUAAAUGUGCCUUAUAGUUUUUUAGAAUCAUUGUAUAAUGAUUAUUUAUAUUAUGACUAUAUCCAUAAUAA